AUGGUUGCGCAGGGCUCCUGCUCACUGUGCUGCGGGCUUUUCUGGAAGACAGCGCCUCCUCUGACAAUAGCAAUCCCUGCUGUUGUGCUCCUAUGUAGCAUUGCGUUCUUUAUCACAUGCAUGAGCAUGUACAUUCAGUUCCAGUGCUUCCUCAUGGACUACACGGCGCUUAUGCCCGGUGCUAUCUUUCUUCAAGGUCACGUGUGGAGAAUCGUGACGCCGCACCUGGUUCCUGCAACCCUGUGGCAAACACUGUUUAUUCUUAUGUCGUUUGUUCCGCCCGCGUUCAUUCUAGAGAAGAAGAUAGGAUCACUGCGGUUCUUCGGAUUGUUAGUGUUCUGCAUGGCAUUUGUAUCUCUUACAAUAUCUGCAAUAGCCGCGGUUUUGUACUACACACCUGGUAUCAACAAGUGGAGCUACUUCAAGGCCCAGUGGUUCAGUACUUCCGAUCUCGGGCCGACAUCGCUGCUUCUCUUUACGAUGAUUUGUAGCAUCCGAGCGCUCAGACAACGGACUCUCCCUUUCUGCUUUUGCCAAAUACCCUCGUGGGCCUACAUUCUCAUCACAUAUGUCUUUGCACAACUUAUGAUGUAUCCGCCAUGGUAUGGCAUUUUCUAUAACCUGAUGGCCGUAAUAGCAGGACUAAUAGUUCCACGAUCUUGGCUUCAGGGGGCUGAAGAUGUCACUAGUAUUUAUGACAUCUAUACAGGCGCUGCACAACAGGCUGAAUCUAAGGAUGUUGAAUUGCGUCCGCAAGGCCAGCAAGACAUUAGUAAUGCUAUGAAUUCUAUAAGGCAAGAACAGACAAUACCAGCACCUGACAAAAGCGAAGCGUUUACGGCUCGCGGUCGCAUUCUUUAA